AUUAAGGUUAUGUUCUUUGUUUUGUUUUCAAAGGUGUCGAAAAAUUUCUUUUAAUUUAAAAUUUCUGCUAUUUACAGCAACACAUAUAUUUAUUAUCUUGAAUCAUGAGCUUUUUAAAGCCGAAAACAAAAAUUGAUGAAAAUGACACUGUGAUAAUAUAUUUAAGCGCAAAAAAUAUGCAUGCCAUUGAUGUUACACCUACUAUAAUUAAUAAGAAGAAUGAAAUUAUUGAAAAUAUUUUUCAAACCAGUUUUGGUGCUUUGAAAGUGAAAGAUUUAAUUGGGGUAGAAUACGGCAGAAAAAUAAUUUUAUCUAAAGGAUGGGCUUACGUUCUGCAGGCUAAUCCAGAGCUGUGGACACAAACAUUACCACACAGGACACAAAUAAUUUACACUCCAGACAUAAGUAUGAUAUUAUUUCAACUUGAAAUUAAACCUGGUGCCACAGUUAUUGAAUCUGGUACGGGAUCAGGCUCAUUGUCGCAUUAUUUUAUUAGAGCAGUUAAGCCAUAUGGGCACUUGCAUACAUUUGAUUUUCACGAACUCCGAGCGAAUCAAGCGCGCGACGAAUUCAAAAAACACGGUCUUCAGAAUUAUGUUACAGUUUAUCAUAGAGACGUAUGUGAAAAUGGAUUCACGGAAGAAUUAAAUGGAAAAGCUGAUGCGGUGUUCUUAGACUUACCAUCGCCACAUACGACCAUUCAACACGUUUUAAAGGCUCUAAAGUUAUCAGGAGGGAGGUUUUGCUCAUUUUCUCCAUGUAUUGAACAGGCACAAAAAUGUUGUGAAGCUCUACAAGCAAAUGGCUUUACAGAAAUCAGAUCUAUGGAACUAUUGCAAGUUGAGGACACAGUUAAAACAAAAACAGUUCCCAUAAUGGAUCUGGAAUUUUUGAAACAAAAAGUCCAAUGUUCAUUGUUUACCUUCUUGGACUCGCUAAGUAUUAUAGGAUAUAUCACUCGUUUGCUGCAACACGGACAUUAUUUUUUUUGAGAAAAACAUUUGAGAAAAACAAAUUUAAGUUUGGGAUUGGGUAUACGAGUAGCAUUAUGUAAUAAUAUAUUGUAAGCGACAAUAUUUAAGCUAUAAAAAUUAUGUUGCACAAAAAGAAUGUAUAUGAGCAUUUUUUGGGUUAUGUGACAUAAGUAUACGCAUUUUUUGGGUUAUGUGAUUAUUACAGCAAACGAGCAACGUGUACUAAAUAAUAGAGCAAAAUAGAUUUUUGUUUAGAGUUUAUGUGGGCAUUUAACGAUCAUUUAAGGAUUUUAUCAUUACUCAGACACAUACAUAGUAUAAUUUUUCAAAACUGAAUAAAUACUAAGGCAUCAUUAAAAAAAUAUUUUCCUAUUCAAUAAACUUAACAAUAAAAGUUAAGAAACUUUGUUGAAAUAUAAUUCCGAU